AAAGAAAAAAAACAAAAAAAAAGGGAAAGUGAGAAAAAAAAAAGUAAUGUUGAAUCAAAUCCAAACGCACAUAUACACACACGCACCCACACACACACACACCAAUGAAUUUUUUACACCAACAUUCGCGGUGUUACAACAGAUUAUUUCUUUGAUUUAUUCAUUGCAUGCACUCAACCUGUCACUACGGGUUCGGGCUUGUCUGCAGCAGAAUUAAUUCCACACCAGAAAAUAGAUGUCUUUAAUUUUACGUAACAGCGACAGCAGGAGUAGAGUAGGUUGAGGAAUUGAUCUUUCAAAAGAAACGUGUUUCGCAGAU